AUGAUCCUCAAACUAUGCGUCAUCAAUAAUCUACAUGAUGAGAUUACCAAAGUAAAACAAAAUUAUGAAGAUUUUCAAUAUAGCUUUUUGAGUGUAGCAAAGACCGAUUUAUUUUAUAUUGAAUUUAAAAAUAUACCUUCUGUCCUUUUAUCAAAUCUAUCACUGCACCACUGUAUCCCUGCUUUUGAGACAAACAAGAUCAACAUCUUUAGAUUCCUAAAUAUGACAGACCCAGUCGAAUUCUCUUCUAUUGGAAUAAACCCUCACGACUCGCACAAGCUAUCUCUGUUUGUCAAAGCAUUUCAGGACAGCCGAAGAGACGCCGGCUACACACCAAAAUCAACCAGACGCUCCUUUUCAUCUUCCACGUCUUCACAGUACUCAGCAUCCGAGUCUGGGUCUCGAUCCUCAACACAAUCAACCUUUUUGCCACUCGAGAAUGAAUGGCUCAAAGACAACCUACACGAGACCAGCCCUUUUCUUGAUGCAUACGAAAGUCAGGAGGGGAAGCAGGAUCUCCUGCGGGCCGUAACCGAGCUAGAGUACAUGAUCAAAGAUCCUCAGACCAAAUCUCCCACAGACACUACUACAAAUACUGGUCCAACCCUUACUCUUACUCCCACAAUGUUAUCACUCAAGGACAUUUGUAGCAGUAACAAGAGCUCGUCAACUCAAUUGUCAGCCAUAUCUGCGUUUAGUGCGACAACCAUGGUAGCACUUCCAGAAGAAGAGACAGACGAAGCUAAUGAAACGCGCGAAUGUAUCGAUGACCAUAAACAAAACACGCGUGUGGUCCAGAACAUGCAGUCACCCUCAUUAAACACCAAUCAUUCCUUCCAUCUUCUUCCUCUUCGUCUUCCUCUUCCUCUUACUCCUCCUCCUCUUUAUGAUACCAACUCAGCAGAACCAACAUUCAACCCAGCCUUAUUGUCCCCCUCGUCAUGUCUGAGACUCGAAGGUCCAGCUGGAAUAGCCGUACCCCGGCCACGGAAACAAUUGUCACCAAGUGUGUCACCACGGCCGGUGUCAAUGCCCGCCUAUUUACAUCCUAACUCUCGUAUUCCAUCAACUGCCAACAAUGCCAGCGGUGGUGGCGGUAAUCGGACACAAUACAACACAUUAUCUUUACCCCCUCCACCCGACUAUCUGGAAUCAACAUUGGGUGGCUGGGGUCGAAACAAAGGCCUGAUACUUCCCAGAGAAGAAGAAGGUCGAGAGGAAUUACCACCCUACAUAUGCACAGUCUACAAGAUUGGCUAUGUUAGUAUCAAAUUCGAAAAAGACAAUCCUGACACAAAAAGUCGAUGGAGACUCUGGAGGAACCUCUAUGUGGAACUUUGGGGAACAGCCCUACGUAUUUAUCGAUCAGAGCCAAGUGACUCUGCUAGCGGACUCAGACUUUCGCGACUACCAUCCUUAGUGCCCUGGAGCAGAUACACAUCCGUUCCACUCUUGACCCUAUCAUUAGCAGGCGCAGAGGCUACUCGCGCUUUGGAUUAUACCAAAAAACCCAAUGUGUUACGUCUCACUGUUCCAAACGGACCUCAACUUUUAUUUAAACAAGACACAACGAUAGAAAUGAUAUCAUGGAUUGAACAUCUUCAAGCAUCAAUCAAUAUUUCUCUGGAUCUUGAACACAGACCAAUGCCCAAGUUUGUAACUUUGUAUGUUCGAGGAUCAAAUGAACCGACUUUGGCAGCUCGUACCAUUGAGCUUGAAAGAGCACGCGAGAUCAGGCGGAAUGCUCAAGAGGAAGUUCUCAUUUGA